GUGUUAAAAUACAUUCAAUUAUGUAUUAUUUUAAACCUCUAAAAUCAGAAAAGUAUCUGUUGUCUUACCAGUUUUUUCCACUUCAGGUUUCAUGCUCUGACGCUAACAGCUGCGGUAAAACCUUUGGUCUAUUUUUUAGGUCAGUGUAACCUUUUACUCGACAAACCUUUCUGUGUCCUAUUAGACGUUUGCAGUUGUUCAGUGUGUUUUACUUUGUUCUGGAUUUAGAAGGAUUUUACAUUUUACAAGGAUUUUAAUUUUCCUUUAGAAAGUGGAGUGUGUGGUUGUUGGAUAUUUCAUGAAUUUCUGUUCAUCACACCACAGCACUAUGAGGAGUGUGUUGCUUUCAGAGACAUUUUGAAUAUGAUGUCAGACGCUGCCGUCUUCUUUCUAUGUGUGUGUGUCACAACUUUUUCAGGUGUGUUUAGUGAUACAGAUGAAGUGAAGUCAGUGUCAGUGACUGAGGGAGAUUCUGUCUCUCUAAACACUGAUGUUCAAGUACAGAGAGGAGAUCAGAUACUGUGGACGUUUGGACCUCAAAACACUCGAAUAGCUGAAAUCUUUAAAAGGGACCAAAUGAACUAUGUAUUUGUCAGUAAUGAUGGAAUAUUCAGAGACAGACUCCAGAUGGACAAUCAAACUGGAUCUUUGACCAUCAGAAACAUCAGAUCUGAACACACUGGACUUUAUAAACUGUACGUCAUCAGCAGUAGAAAAACACUGAAGAGAUUCAAUGUUACUGUCUAUGCUCCUCUACCCAUUCCUGUCAUUUCCAGUCACUCUUUAAACUGUUCAUCAUCAUCAUCAUCAUCAUCAUCUUCAUCAUUAAGAUCAUCAGAGUCCAGAUGUUCACUGGUGUGUUCAGUGUGGAAUGUGAGUGAUGUGACACUCUCCUGGUACGCAGGAAUCAGUGUAUUGUCCAGCAUCAGUGUGUGUGAUCUCAGCAUCAGUCUCUCUCUACCUCUGGAUGUGGAAUAUCAGGAUAACAACACAUACAGCUGUGUGAUCAACAAUCCUGUCAGAAACCAGACCACACAUCUGGACAUCACUGAACUCUGUCACACAUGUGAAGAACUCGUGCAGCCGUCACAUUGGGUGGGAAAAUCGGUUAGUUUAGUGAUUCUGGCUGUAUUAGUUGUGGCGGCAAUAAUCUUUCUCAGAACGAAGAGUAAACCAGGAACACAAAAGGGCAAGUAUUACUUUUUUCAUCAAAGAUAUGAACAUUCAGGGUUCAUUCAGUGAAAUUAAGAUGUGCCUCAAUAUCUGUUUUUAAAACAGUAUUUCAGACUUAUUUUGUAGUUUGAAAAUGUGAUUAUUAUUAUCAUUAAAACAGUCCAGUCUUGUGAGGAAGAGGCACUUUAUGCCGAAACAACAUUUCGUGCACGCAGUGUUCACAGUACGAAGGCUAAUGGAGAGGACCACAUCAUAUACUCGAUUGUUAAUGUAACGUGACAUUUUCAGUGUAUGUCCAUGUUAAAAAUACUGUAUGUAUUUUACUUGAAACAUUCCUCUCAGUAUUUUCUGCGACUAAUAUUACACUGCCAUGUAAUUUUCAAGUAACUCAUUUUAGAGAAAGUUGCUGUGUGUGGGCUCAAGUGCAUCUUAAGAGACCAUAAGGAUAGAUUUGCAGAGUUAUGAACAGU